AUGUGGCGAUCCGUUGUUACUUGUGCACCUGUUCAAAUAAAACCAAUAUCAAAACGAAGUCAAUAUGCUAUUGAAGAAUUACAAGCAUUUCAACUAGAACAAACGUUACAAGAUUCAACAGGUUAUACUCGACAAGUAUUACCAAAUAUACGACCAAUACCAAAAUCAAAAUUUGUCUAUAAAGGUUUAGCGUAUAAAGAAGCUAAAAAGAUACCUGGUAUCAAUCAUGAAAUUCAUGAUGAUCAUAAUACAGAUCCAUUUAAAAAGCCACUUAUCGAUUACAAUCUUGCUCAAGCUUAUGUUCGUUAUGAAAUUAAUGCUGAACGAGCAAAACACAUACCUCGACACCUACCUUCAUCAACAAUAAUGACAACAACAUCAACUAUGACUACUACUACUAAUGUUGCUGCUGCAAGAUUCCAUGCAAAAGAUCAACAACUUCAAAAGACUCAAACAUCCCUUGAUUUACGUGAAAUAAGAAAACGUAUUGUUAAAGGAUCAACGCUUAUUACUCGUCCUGUUCCGCAAUCAGCAUCUUGGACACCAGGUCGAUCUGAUAAUAAAUCAAUGCUAGGUUCUGAGGUACUUUUAUAUACACGAAGCUUAAGCACACUAAAUCACGCACCUACAUUACCAUCACCACCACUACAACUAGCACAACCAGCACCACUGCUUUCAUUUUCAUCACAGUUACCGAAACAGCACAUCAUACACACUACACCUACAUUGUCACAACAUUUUGAAGACUAUCCAGUAGAUACAAUAAAAACUAUUUCCCUAUUAUAG